UUGAAGAAAUGUGACGUUACGCAGACGACCGCGUUUCUUCUCAACAUCGCAAAGUCAACUGUUCUCAAGUACCACAAGAAAGACAUUGAAGAAGUUUCAACACCAGGAAAAAAGAGGAAAAAAAGGCCACAGGAAGGAAAGUCACUUGACACAGUCGACGAUUUCACAGUAAAUGCAAUCAGGAAUGCAAUUUACAGGAUGUACGCUGAAGGUUUGAAUGUUACAGUCGACACCAUUUUGAAAGAAAUCAGGGAAAGACAAAUAGAUUAUUAUGGUGGAAGAUCAAGUCUUCAUAAAUUGUUAAAGAAGAUGGGAUUUUCAUGGACAACUGUUGAUGGACGAAAAGCUUUGAUAGAGAAUGAAAACAUAGUAUUGCAGCGAAUAGAUUUCUUGAGAAAGUAUAAAGAAGAAAAAGAAAGAGGUGCCAAUUUCAUAUUUGUUGAUGAAACAUGGAUUUUCCAGAGAGGCAAGGCAUUAAUUUAUUUGAAAAUUUGUUCUGUGGUCCAAUACAAAGUAUUUCAUUUCCAUUUCAUAUAUUUUUCAGGAACUGUAUCAAAGUCAUGGCAGGACAAGAGUCUACAAUCUGCGAAGAGACGUACUGUUGGAGAUGGUAAAAGGUUUAUUGUUGUUAAUGCUGGAGGGCGCACUGGCUUUGUGCCAGGAGCAGGAUUACUUUUUGUUUCAGGUCAGAAGACUGCAGACUACCAUGGCGAGAUGAAUGGGGAAACUUUCUUGAUGUGGUUUGAAGACAUGUUGGUGCAUCUUGAGGAACCCAGUGUCAUCAUAAUGGACAAUGCUUCAUAUCACAGCACCCAGGUUGAGAAAACACCUACAACGAACUGGACCAAGGCUGCACUGAUCGCGUGGCUGGAGAAGAAUGGGAUAAAACAUGAAAAUAAUUUGUUGAAAGUGGAGCUGCUGAGAAUAGCUAAACAAAACAAGCCCCGAAUACGAUGGGCGAGGUGUGUGGAUCACGUGGAGAAGCUAAUUCAAGCAGACUGGGAGAGAGAAGUCCACAUAGACAGCGGCACCAUUCCUCCACUCAUCAUCCACCUUGGCGAGGAUAGUUCAAGUGAAGACAGUGACAGCGAAGAAUUUGAGGUUACGACACAGCAAGUAGAUGGAGACAGUGAAGUACUGGCAGUUCCUCUUGAUGAUUUACCCGGGUGUUCUUAUUGAGGUCUGUAUGUAAUAAACACCUGGGCAACUGUAAGUAUUGGGGUUUGAAACAUUUUUUUUUUCUUUUAUGCAUUCCCAUUAAGUAUGUUGAUUACUGGAACUUUAUGUAUUAACUUUAUAUUACACGUAUUAUGAAAUUAAUAAUAAAUUUCAUUUCUGGAUUCGUAUAGGUGUAUGUGAAACAUUUUAUUUUGUUGUGUGUCUUCAUUUUUCAGUGAACUUACUUGGAAAACAAAAAGCCAGUCCCCAUCCAGGGCCACAAAUAAAUAAUGCAUAUAAGUGGUAUAGAAAUUACUGUCAAUUCUUCACCACAAUUUUACUGUUCAUAAAAUUAUGAUUUUGUCUAAUAAGUAUACUCAGGAAAAUGUAUAUAACCAUAUUUUUAUUUGUGGCCUUAACCGGCAAAAUGGUAGGGGUUUAUUAAAUAAAAGAAGAAAAUUCAUUUUUAAAUGUUUUCAUCUGAAUUUGUUAAUUUUAUUAAACCUUCAAUCCUUAGUCUUUUCCAGAUUGCUUAGAUGGACAGCCAUAUGUAUAAUUUACAAUACUUUUUUUUUCAGAUGCAGAAAACUGUGUU